GAGGGCGGAGCCAAGAUGGCGGCGCCCACGGCCGAGGGAGCCCGCCGCACAGCGGCGCUGCUUUGGGGGACAGCGAGAGGGGCCAUGGCAGCGGCCGCGCCGGCGGCCCCCGGCGGCCCCGCGCUCCUGCAGCCCCGCUGGAAGCGGGUGGUGGGCUGGUCGGGCCCCGUGCCCCGGCCCCGCCACGGCCACCGCGCCGUGGCCAUCAAGGAGCUGAUCGUCGUCUUCGGGGGCGGCAACGAGGGGAUCGUCGACGAGCUGCACGUCUACAACACAGCCACCAACCAGUGGUUCAUCCCGGCGGUGCGGGGCGACAUUCCCCCCGGCUGCGCUGCCUACGGCUUCGUGUGCGACGGCACCCGGCUGCUGGUCUUCGGGGGCAUGGUGGAGUACGGCAAGUACAGCAGCGACCUCUACGAGCUGCAGGCCAGUCGCUGGGAGUGGAAGAGACUCAAGGCCAAGACCCCCAAGAACGGGCCGCCCCCCUGCCCCCGCCUGGGCCACAGCUUCUCUCUCGUGGGCAACAAGUGCUACCUGUUUGGGGGGUUGGCAAAUGACAGCGAGGACCCCAAGAACAACAUUCCCAGGUACCUGAAUGACCUGUACAUCCUGGAGCUGCGCCCCGGCUCCGGCGUGGUGGCCUGGGACAUCCCCAUCACGUACGGGGUGCUGCCCCCGCCCCGCGAGUCCCACACCGCCGUGGUGUACACCGAGAGGGACAACAAGAAAUCCAAGCUCGUCAUCUAUGGGGGCAUGAGCGGCUGCCGACUCGGCGACCUCUGGACGCUGGACAUCGAGACCCUGACGUGGAACAAGCCCAGCCUGAGCGGUGUGGCGCCCCUCCCCCGCAGCCUGCACUCUGCCACCACCAUUGGCAACAAGAUGUACGUCUUCGGGGGCUGGGUGCCCCUCGUCAUGGACGACGUCAAAGUGGCCACGCACGAGAAGGAGUGGAAGUGCACCAACACGCUGGCCUGCCUCAACCUUGACUCCAUGGCCUGGGAGCCGAUCCUCAUGGACACGCUGGAGGACAACAUCCCGCGGGCCCGGGCGGGGCACUGCGCCGUGUCCAUCAACACCCGCCUCUACAUCUGGAGCGGGCGCGACGGCUACCGCAAGGCCUGGAAUAACCAGGUGUGCUGCAAGGACCUGUGGUACCUGGAGACGGAGAAGCCCCCAGCACCCUCACGGGUGCAGCUGGUGCGGGCCAACACCAACUCGCUGGAAGUGAGCUGGGGCUCGGUGCCCACCGCUGACACCUACCUGCUGCAGCUGCAGAAGUACGACAUCCCGGCGGCCGCCUCGCCUGCCCCUGCCCCAGUGCCCUCCGUGCCCGCCAACCCACCCAAGAGCCCCGCCCCAGCCGCCGCCGCGCCCGCGCCGCCUGCCAGCCAGCCCCUGGCCCAGAUGGGCAUCACUCUGCUGCCCCAGGCCGCUGCCCCCACGCCCACCACCACCAUCCAGCUGCUGCCCUCUGUGCCUGGCACGCCCCUGCCCGUGGCCAGCCCCGCACGCACGCAGGGUGUCCCGGCCGUGCUGAAGGUGACGGGGCCCCAGGCGCCCCCGGGGCCCCCCCUGGUGACAGUGCGAUCGGCCGGCCAGGCGGGCAAGGCCCCGGUGACGGUGACAUCCCUGCCGGCCGGCGUGCGCAUGGUGGUGCCCACACAGAGCACCCAGGGCACGGUGAUCGGCAGCAGCCCCCAGAUGAGCGGCAUGGCUGCCCUGGCAGCCGCCGCUGCUGCCACACAGAAGAUCCCUCCCUCCUCCGCGCCCACCGUGCUGAGCGUGCCAGCUGGCGCCACCAUCGUCAAGACCGUGGCUGUCUCCCCGGGCACCGCCACGCUGCCCAGCACGGUCAAGGUGGCCUCCGCCCCUGUCAUGGUGAGUAACCCGGCCACCCGAAUGCUGAAGACGGCAGCAGCCCAGGUGGGCACCUCGGUGUCGUCCACGACCAACGCGGCCACGCGGCCCAUCAUCACAGUGCACAAGUCAGGCACGGUUACCGUGGCCCAGCAAGCGCAGGUCAUGACCACCGUGGUGGGCGGUGUCACCAAGACCAUCACCCUGGUGAAGAGCCCCAUCUCCGUGCCGGGGGGCAGCGCACUGAUCUCGAACCUGGGCAAAGUGAUGUCGGUCGUGCAGACCAAGCCAGUGCAGACCUCGGCCGUGACCGGCCAGGCCUCCAGCGGCCCCGUCACCCAGAUCAUCCAGACCAAGGGCCCCCUGCCGGCGGGCACCAUCCUAAAACUGGUGACGUCAGCGGACGGGAAGCCCACCACCAUCAUCACCACCACGCAGGCGGGCGGCGCCGGCCCCAAGCCCACCAUCUUGGGUAUCAGCAGCGUCUCGCCCAGCACAACCAAGCCGGGCACCACCACCAUCAUCAAAACCAUCCCCAUGUCGGCCAUCAUCACCCAGUCCGGGGCCACAGGUGUGACCAGCAGCCCUGGCAUCAAGUCCCCCAUCACCAUCAUCACCACCAAGGUCAUGACCUCAGGCACAGGUGCCCCCGCCAAGAUCAUCACAGCGGUGCCCAAGCUGGGCACAGCCCACGGGCAGCAGGGCGUCACGCAGGUGGUCCUGAAGGGAGCUCCUGGCCAGCCCGGCACCAUCCUGCGCACCGUGCCCAUGGGCGGCGUGCGGCUGGUCACGCCCGUCACCGUCUCCGCUGUCAAGCCCACUGUUACCACGCUGGUGGUGAAAGGAACUACGGGUGUCACCACCUUGGGCACCGUGACGGGCACCGUCUCCACCAGCCUGGCUGGCGCAGGGGGCCACAGCACCAACGCCUCGCUGGCCACUCCCAUCACCACGCUGGGAACCAUCGCCACCCUGUCCAGCCAAGUGAUCAACCCAGCCGCCAUCACAGUCUCCGCCGCGCAGACCACCAUGACGGCCGCCAGCGGGCUGGGCACGCCCACCAUCACCAUGCAGCCCGUCUCGCAGCCCACGCAGGUGACGCUGAUCACGACGCCCAGCGGAGUGGAUGCCCAGCCGGUGCACGACCUGCCAGUCUCCAUCCUGGCCUCGCCCACCACGGAGCAGCCCACGGCCACGGUGACCAUCGCCGACGUGGGGCAGGGCGACCCGCAGCCUGGCACCGUCACCCUGGUGUGCUCCAACCCACCCUGCGAGACCCAUGAGACCGGCACCACCAACACUGCCACAGCCACCGUCGUGGCCAACGUGGGCGGCCUAACCCAGCCCGUGCACUUCGUGUGCGAGGGCCAGGAGGCUGGACAGCCCAACGGUGGGUUAGUGCGUGUCUGCUCCAACCCCCCGUGUGAGACGCACGAGACGGGGACCACUCACACAGCUACCACGGCCACAUCCAGCAUGGGCGCCGGGCGAGUGUGCAGCAACCCCCCAUGCGAGACGCACGAGACGGGCACCACCCACACAGCUACCAUGGCCAUGUCCAACCUGGGCGCCGGGCGAGUGUGCAGCAACCCCCCAUGUGAGAUGCACGAGACGGGCACCACCAACACGGCCACAUCUACCAUGGGCGCUGGUCGAGUGUGCACCAACCCCCCGUGCGAGAUGCACGAGACGGGCACCAUCAACACUGCCACCACGGCCACAUCCAGCAUGGGCGCUGGUCGAGUGUGCACCAACCCCCCGUGCGAGACGCACGAGACGGGCACCACCAACACGGCCACAUCCAGCGUGGGUGCUGGGCGAGUGUGCACCAACCCCCCAUGCGAGAUGCACGAGACAGGCACUACCAACACUGCCACCACGGCCACAUGUAAUGUGGGGAUGGGCCAGGCUGAGGGGGCCCAGCAUGCCCCUGCCAGCGCGCCCUGCGAGACACAGCAGACCACAGCCACCGGCACCACCAUGGCGGCCAGCAUGGGGGGAGCUGGCACCGAGCCCCCCUCUUCUGCCCCCCAGGAGACAGGGGGGGCAGGGCCCAGCCAGCCCCAGUUGCUUCCCACAAAUCCGGUCCCUCGCAUCUGCUCCAACCCCCCCUGCGAAACACACGAGACGGGCACAACCCACACAGCCACUACCGUGACCUCCAGCAUGGGUGCCAACCAUGACCAGCCGCUGGGUACUAACGGGCAGGGGCAGCCCGAGGGGGCACAAGGCGAGGCCCCCCCCAGCCCCAGCAGCGUCUCCACCGUGCAGAGCCGUGCCGUGACCACCGUGACGCAGUCCACGCCUGUGCCGGGCCCCGCCAUACCAAGCAUCUCGUCGCUGGCAGAGCCACCCGCGGAGGAGCCGGCGCCGCCCCCCCCUGCAGAGCCGCCCGCGCCCCCCUGUGCGGAGCCAGCGCAGCCCCAGCUCCCCGAGCCCCCGGCUGAGCCCCCCACCCCGGGCCCCCCGCCUGGCCCCCCGCCGCCCGCCCCUGCCGCAGAGCCGCUGGCCCUGCCCCAGGAGCUGCUGGCUGAGGGGCAGGCGGGCGCCGCGCUGCUGGUCACGGGGCUGACGCCCGAGGAGCUGGCGGUGACGGCCGCUGCUGAGGCCGCAGCUCACGCCGCAGCCGCCGAGCAGGCCCACAGCCUGGCCCUGCAGGCCGUGCUGCAGGCCGCCCAACAGGCCGUGCUGGGUGCGGGGGAGCCCAUGGAGACGGGCGAGGCGGGCACAGGGCCGGCGGAGCUGGGGGCACUGGGGGGCGAGGGUGCUGAGGGGCAGCCCACAGCCAUCCCCAUCGUGCUGACGCCGCAGGAGCUGGCCGCCCUGGUGCAGCAGCAGCAGCAGCUGCAGGAGGCCCAGGUGGCGGCCGUGGCCCAGCAGCCCCACGGCGCCCCCCUGCCCACUGAGGCCCUGGCGCCCGCCGACAGCCUCAACGACCCGGCCGCCGAGAGCAACGGGCUGAGCGAGCUGGCCAGCGCUGUCAGCAGCACCGUCGCCCUCCUGCCCGCUGCGCCCAGCGAGGGCCUGGCUCCGUCCAACACAUUCGUAGCCCCACAGCCUGUGGUGGGGCCCAGCCCAGCCAAGCUGCAGGCGGCCGCCACCCUGGCCGAGGUGGCCAAUGGCAUUGAGCCUGCCCCGAUGAAGCCGGACCCCUCGGUGCAGCCCCAGAAGCUGCUGGUGAAGAAGGAAAACCAGUGGUUCGACGUGGGUGUCAUCAAAGGCACCAACAUGAUGGUGACCCAUUACUUCCUGCCCCUCAACGACGCGCCCCCUAGUGACGAUGACUCGGGCACCGUCCCCGACUACACGCAGCUGAAGAAACAGGAGCUGCAGCCGGGCACGGCCUACAAGUUCCGGGUGGCCGGGCUGAACGCCUGCGGGCGCGGCCCCUUCUCCGACAUCUCCGCCUUCAAGACCUGCCUGCCCGGCUUCCCGGGUGCGCCCUGUGCCAUCAAGAUCAGCAAGAGCCCCGACGGGGCCCACCUGACAUGGGAGCCGCCCUCGGUGACCUCGGGGAAGAUCGUGGAGUACUCGGUGUACCUGGCCAUCCAGAGCACCCAGGCGGGCGAGCCCAAGGGCACGGCACCAGCCCAGCUGGCCUUCAUGCGGGUCUACUGCGGGCCCAGUCCCUCGUGCCUCGUGCAGUCGGGCAGCCUGGCCAACGCCCACAUCGACUACACCACCAAGCCGGCUAUCAUCUUCCGAAUCGCCGCCCGUAACGAGAAGGGCUACGGGCCUGCCACGCAGGUCCGGUGGCUGCAAGAGUCCAGUAAGGACGGCUCCAUGGCCAAGCCGGCCAGCAAGCGGCCGCUCUCCUCUCCCGACAUGAAAUCUGCUCCAAAGAAGCCGAAGGCCGACGGGCAGUGAAGGAGGCCCCCCACCUCGGCACCGGCUCCCCACGCCCCUGCUCGCCAAGGAAAGCACAUUUCAUUGGGGCUGGACUGUGAGGCCGGGGGGUCACUGAACCGUGCUCCUCCCCCAGACCCUUGGCUGGGGCAGGGGGGGCUGGGGUGCCCUGGACUCUGAUUUGCCGGGGGUGGGGGGAAUUGGGUUUUUUUUACAUGUUGCAGUUGCUGGAAUGAAGUUCUUUUGUCCUCCCCACUAUCGUGCGGGGGGCGAGGGCUGCAGAUUUGGGGGUGCUCCCUCCCAGCUCUCACCUCUGUACAGACCCCCAGUUCCCCUGUAGUGUCAGAGUUGUAGAGGAGAGGGGAUGCUGUAGCUGUCGUGAAUAGCAGGGUCCCCCUGCAGGUAUUUGAGGGGGGGCCCCUAGCUUGACCCCCCCCCGAAUGGGAGCUGCUGUCUCCUCCCCUGGAGCAGGGGGCCUCCUGCCUCCUCUUGGAAAAAACUUUUUUUGUAUAAACCAUUUUUUUAGGAAAAAAAGAAAAACAAGAAAAAAAAACACAAAAUCCUGGGGCCACUGGCCCCACAGGGGAUGGGGGCCGCCUCCAGGUGGGGGGGGGGCUAGUACAGGUUUAAAUGCCAUCUGAGCAAUUAGUCCGUUGGGUCAUUUAUGGGGGAGCCCCUGCGUCUCCCCCUUGUGCCCUGCUGGUCGACAUUCCAUGGGGGUACCCCCCAAGUUUGAGGUGCGGAGCUGGGGGGCUCUAGGCCCAGGCCCCCAGGCUGAGGUGGGACGGGCAGCCCCCCUCGUUGUAUGAUAGUGUAUUUCGCUGUGCCCCCCCACCCCCGUGCUGUGUCUGUCGGGUUGUGCGAUUUUCAACGAUUAAAGACAUUUUUGAAGUAAA